AAAUAAUCCUUGUCAGUUCUUCAUGCAUGGAGAUUCUAAAUCAUUCUAAAAAAAGAUAAUGGGUUUCUUCAAUUUUCAUUUCAUGUAAAUCCAUAGUUAGACAAAAAUUUGUUAAUAAUUUAUAGGUGAAUGAAAUGGUUAUGACGAGAUUGUCAGCCCAAGAGGAAAAGAAGUUCUAAAUAAAAGAUUUUGACGGUUAAUUCUCGAUGGAAUCUUUGCUGUUCUGUACUUCUGUUCGGUUCGUUUUGUUUUGAUAAAGCCAGAAAACCCAAAAGCACUUUCUGUGUUUUCCUUUCUUUUUUUCAAGGGUAAGGGUUAUACUUUCGGUAAGUGUCGUCUUUCUCCUAUCAACAAGCCGACUUUUUGACACUGUCGGUGUGGAAUUCCACUUUUGUGUAUGUUUUUGGUUAUUUUAAUAUUGCAAGAAAUGUUUGAAAACAACGUGCACUGCUGUAUUGUUCUUCCAAACAUUAUAAUUCAAUAAAUAAAGCUGCCCUCUACUGGGUAUUUUGGUUUGGUUUUUUGUUUGAAUCUGUGUUUGUGUCCUGUUUCUGUAACGACUGCUACAGUGGGAUUUGUUUCUUUUCUUCAAUACGAUGAUGGGUCAAUUUGAUUUCACUCUCUGGUUCUCAAUUCUCAGUGGGUUCUUGGCUUCCUCACAAGCACAGAAUUGAAUCUUGCUUCGCAUUAUCGAACGUUUUGGAUUGGAGCUUGUUCUGUCUGUCAACUGAUAUUGGGAUCACUUAACGUUGAUGGAGUAUGGCUACAUCUGUUAAAUCAAAGAAAAAAUGCCAUACUAUCAAGACUGCUUUGGCAUUUGCUAUUCUUGAAUGGUUACUAAUUUGUAUGCUCUUCAUUGAUGCUAUAUUAUCAUACUUAAUCACAAAAUUUGCCAGUUAUUAUGAACUGCAAACACCAUGCCUGCUAUGCUCAAGACUUGAUCAUAUUUUAGGCAAUAAAAAAUUGAAAUAUUAUUGGGAUUUGAUCUGUGGCAAACAUAAGUUAGAGAUCUCAUCCUUAGUUCUGUGUCAUGCUCAUAAUAAUCUUGUUGACGUCCAUGGAAUGUGUGAAACUUGCUUGUUUUCAUUUGCCACAAUCAACAAGUCAAAUGCUGAAACAUACAGAUUAUUGGUGGGUAAAUUGGGGGAGGGUUCUAGCUUUGGUCUAAAUGAGGACCCAUUACUUGAUGAUCAUACAUCAAUUCCCCGACUCUGUUCUUGUUGCAAUGAGCCAUGGAUUCCAAGAGGGUACAGCCGAAAGUUGAUGCAGACCAAAAUAGUUCGUUCUGUAACUGCUGAUUCUGAUGGCCCUUUAUCUGGCACUGUUGGAUACAAUCAGGACAACCUGAAGAAGAUUGAACAAUCUAUGUCAGUCAGAGCUACGCAUCAAAGAAUAAAUAGUGGGUUUGACCAUUUAUCUCAUAUAGGGUACACAGAGCUCAAUGUUAAUUCUGAUAAUGAAUCUGAAGUCCUGUUGUCUGAUGAUGAUAAUUAUGCAAAUGCUCAAAAUUGUGAAAAUAAUCCCAAUGAAGAUAUUGCAGUUGGAUGUGCGCAGAGUGAGCCUCACAUUAUUGCUCUACCUGAUGAGUUGGCCUCAGAAAAAUUGAUAGAUGCAGUUACUGAUCCUCAUAUUCCAAUUUCAGUUUCACAUAUGCAGUCAGAUUUUUUUCAGUCCCAUGGAGUUACUUCUAUAUCACCUGGAGUUGCUUCGGGGCAUGGUUUGGAAGAAUCUGAUUGGCAACAAUCUGAUGUCAAGUGUGAUCACUCUGUACUCCCUCAGCUGAUUUCCCUUGAUGCAGUUCCUCCAUCAUCAAUUGCCAAAGAAGCUCCAGUUGAAGUAUCAGAAGAGAGUAAGCAUAGCUUCCUAGAUGAUGUCCCUCCAUCAUUGAAUGCCAGACGUAGAGAAACUUUUGAGAGUACGCUUACUUCAGUUGAGGAUGUUCCUUCAUCAUCAGUUGGCAGAGAAACUCCUCUGGAAGCAUCAGAAAAGAGCAAACUUAUUUCUGCAGAUGAUGUUCGUCAAUCGUCAGAAGGCAAAGAAAUACCUGCACAAAUAUCAGCAAAUUGCAAGCUUGUUUCCCUUGUUGAUGUCCUUCCAUUAUCAAGUGCAGUGGAAACUCCUGUUCAAGGAUUGAAAGAGAAUUGCAUUACUAGAGCUGAGGAAAUUUGGCAAAAAGCUAUGACAGAUUGUGAGGAGAUCUGUGAGACAAGAACAGCUGUGACAGAUUGUGAGGAGAUCUGCAAGGCAAGAACUAGAUCAGCUAUAAUGACCGAAACAGCUGCAGAAACAAACUCUGUUUCAGGUGACAGUGGUCUGCAAGGGUCCAAUUUAUUGGAUCUUGGUGAUGCUUAUAAGCUAGCUGUUGGUAGUAGGGGGAGGCAGUUAUCUGGUGCACUUGCAGAACAAUGGAUUGGGAAGGAUUCUUCAAGAUUCAGUGACGAUUUGAAGCUCCUAUUUUCACAGUUAUCUGCUGCUCGAGAGUUGUCAAUAAAUGAUAGUAGUCCUAGAGUUGCUAUGAGUCCAAAAUUGUCUGUAAACAGUGAUGAAUUGAAGAAUCCUGUUGCUUCCAGUGCCUUAGGAAUGCAAAUACUUCAAAAGAGAAUCUCACUUGAGAGAAAUGAAUCUGGGCUAUCUCUGGAUGGAAGUAUUGUCAGUGAAAUUGAAGGUGAAAGUGUGGUUGAUAGGUUGAAACGGCAGGUUGAGCAUGAUAAGAAAUUGCUGCAGGCUUUAUACAAGGAAUUGGAAGAAGAAAGGAAUGCAUCUGCUAUUGCAGCAAAUCAAGCAAUGGCCAUGAUUACUAGACUGCAGGAAGAGAAGGCAACACUCCAAAUGGAAGCCCUGCAGUACCUAAGAAUGAUGGAAGAGCAAGCUGAGUAUGAUAUGGAAUCCCUGCAAAAAACAAAUGACCUUCUCACAGAGAAGGAGAAAGAGCUUCAAGAUCUAGAAGCGGAGCUUGAAUUUUAUAGGAACAAGUUCCCAAGUGAAUCAUUAUUGGAGGAUCCCAAGGAACAAAAUUCUGAUAUGAAGAUGAAAGAUGGCAAAGAGGAGCAUUCAGAAGAUAGUUAUGUUGAAGUAGGUUCAACUACACCUGGAAACUCUGUUACCGACAAACCAGAUAUCUGCAACAAUGUUGAAGGAAGAAAUAUGUGUACUGGGGAAAAAAAUACAGGUGCUGUGAAGAAUUCAUUGUUGAAUUUUGAAGAUGAAAGAUCAUAUAUUUUACAGUGUAUGGAGAACUUAGAAAAGAAGCUUUGUCUAUAUUCUAAUAAUCAACUAGAAUUGGCUAAUGGAAAACAGUCUGGAAACAUUGAAGAAAGGGUAAAAGACUUCAAGGAACUAAACAGCCAAUUGGGAUAUCAAGUAAACAGUGGAGCAGAAGAGAAUAACUUGUCAACACGGAAUGAUAGAGGAAAUGGAUCUGUUCAUGGGCGUGCUCUGUCGCUUGAGAAAUCCAAGUUAAUUGGUAAUGAAUAUAAUGAAAUUUUCUAUGGUGGGCAUACCUCUCCUCUACCUCGUCAGGGGAUCGAUCUGGAUUCUCUUGCAGCUGAGGUUUCUGACCUGAAUGAAAGGUUAAAAGUUCUUGAGGCAGACAAGAAUUUUCUUGAGCACAGCAUCAACUCAAUCAGAAAUGGAGAAGAGGGACUUCGAUUCAUUCAAGAAAUAGCCUCGCACCUAAAAGAACUCAGAAGGAUUGGGAUAAGAAGAGAGCAAAACAUUGCUCAAGGCUUCAUUUAAAACCAUCAUAAACAUGUUGAUGCUGCAGAAGGUGGAAAAGCUAUAUAUAGUGCAGUCAAAACCAGGUAAUGAAGAUUGGCAAUCAGAUGUACAGUUCCACAAGUUUGUUCUUUAUCUUUUUCUUUAAUCUAAGUUUUUUUUUUAACUUGUGUGAUUAGGGAAUGUAUUGUACAAGAGCUGAUUUUUUGUAUGCAAAGGCGAGUGUUCUGACAAUAAAGAGUGAAAAACUAAUUGUUCAACAUAUUAUUUUUCAUCUGUCAAAUUUUAAUGAAAGAAUUAAGUUUCAUAUUAA